AUGAUGGAGGGCUCCGGCAGCACGUUCAGCCAGGCCAGGAAUAUACCGGACAGCCGUGAAAGACAGGGAGAAGAAGACGAUGUCUCAUCCGAGGCGCCUGCGCAGAGCUUUACGCCGCGGUCGUUGCUCGUUGGCCUCGCGAUAGGAGCGCUGAUAACGUUCUCAAACACAUAUUUCGGCCUGCAGACGGGAUGGAUCAGUGCCAUGGCGAUGCCCUCGUCCCUGAUCGGGUUUGCCGUCUUCAGGGCUCUCUCCCGCCAUCUCUCGUUCCCGUUUACCCCGGUCGAAAAUGUGCUGAUUCAGACUGUGGCCGGCGCCGUUGGAACGAUGCCGUUGGGAUGUGGGUUCGUAGGAGUCAUUCCGGCCCUGGAGUAUCUGCUCCGGUCAGGACCUGAUGGCCCGAUGGAUGGGAGUGACGGUGGUGACGGUGAAGGCGGGCCCCUGAAGCUGACGUCCUGGAAACUGAUCGUCUGGAGUUUGGGGGUUUGUCUGUUCGGCGUCGUCUUUGCUGUGCCUCUAAGAAGAGAGGUUAUCGUACGGGAAAAGCUCAAGUUCCCAAGUGGAACAGCUACGGCCCUGAUGAUAAAUGUGCUGCAUGCUGCGGGUAAGACGGAUGAGAAGGGCAAGGGGGUUGAAAGGAGGUUGGAUCAUUCCACAGACAGUCCUGCAGAGACUCAACGGUUACUGGUAGCCAGCACCUAUCGAGAUGACGUCAACGACACAGUAGAACAGUAUGAAGCAGACAGGAGGAGAAAAAAUGCCUGGAAGGCAAAGAUCAGGAUGCUGCUUCUUGCAUUUGGUGUAUCCGCACUCUACACUCUCCUUUCAUACUUUGCGCCAGUGCUGCGCGACCUGCCAGUGUUUGGCCUGCCGCUGGCGCAUAAAUGGCUGUGGACCCUUAAUCCAUCGCCUGCGUACAUCGGACAGGGCAUCAUUAUGGGUCCUUCUACCUCUCUUCAUAUGCUGCUUGGUGCCGUACUUGGAUGGGCGGUCCUCUCGCCUCUGGCAAAGCAUAAUGGCUGGGCACCAGGUCCAGUCGACAACUGGGAAACCGGCAGUAAAGGCUGGAUUGUUUGGGUCUCCCUUGCAAUCAUGCUCGCUGAUUCAAUCAUCAACCUGGCCUGGUUGGUGAUUCGACCUCUUGUCAACCACGGCCCUGGCCUUAUUGUCCGUCUUCAGCAUAACAUUAGACGAAAAACGUUCUGGACUGGUCUUUUCAGCAGUAGCAACUCUUCGUCUAGUCACAGUUAUACUGCUAUACGCCAACGGGAAAGCCAUGAUCCAAAGGCAGAAGAUUAUGACGCUCCUCCGUCCGAGCUUAUAUCCAACCGUACCGUUAUGAUCCUCCUUCCGCUAACGUUGAUCCUAAAUGUCGUCUGCAUGCGCAUAAGUUUUGGCGACAUCAUGUCCCCUUUUCUUUCUACUGUCGCCACUCUCCUAGCCCUUCUUCUGUCCGUAAUGGGCGUUCGUGCUCUGGGUGAAACAGACCUCAACCCCGUAUCUGGCAUCAGUAAGCUCACACAACUCAUAUUUGCUGCUGCCACCCCGGCAAGCCUUCAUACCCGCCGCAGCGCUAUAGUUGCAAACCUCUUAGCAGGCGCGGUGUCUGAAUCUGGCGCACUACAAGCUGGUGAUAUGAUGCAGGAUUUGAAAACGGGCCACCUACUUGGCGCCAGCCCCAAGGCACAGUUUUACGGACAGGUAAUCGGUAGUAUCUUCGGUGCUAUCAUCUCUGUAGGUGUCUAUAAGCUCUACAUCCACGUAUAUCCCGUUCCCGGACCAAUGUUCCAGGUCCCAACCGGAUACGUAUGGCUAUUCACCGCACGGCUUGUUACCGGCCAGGGCCUACCAGAAAUGGCUUGGCCAGCUGCCGGCAUCGCUUGCAUAAUAUUCUCUAUAACCACCAUCCUGAGGAUUGUGGGGACUGUAUCCGCCGCUGUUAGUGGAAAGGGACCUCAGUUUGCCCCCUGGCGCGCUUGGGUGCCCGGUGGCAUUGCCGUUGCCGUUGGGAUGUAUAACGUUCCAUCGUUUACUUUAGCAAGAGCAAUCGGGGGUAUCAUUGCUCUCGCAUGGCAAUAUCGCGCAAAGCUCAUACGGGGUCGCCCGUCUAUCUUUACACCACGAGAUCCCAGUCACCAGUACGGCCAAGGACAAGAGCUCUCCGAAGCACAAGAGGAUGAGGAUGAAGAUUCGACAUCACCUACGAUUGUCAUUUUGGCAUCCGGCCUUAUCCUUGGAGAAGGUAUCGUGAGCAUUCUUAACUUGGUUCUCGCGAGUGCGAAAGUUCCACACCUCUGA